AUAAACUGAACCAAUAUCACCCCGGCACACUGUCUUCGUCGCUACUCAAUUCCUCGUUCAUUCCUCCUUCUCACGGAGUCGGAACCCAUUUUUCCAAACAAAGAAACAAAUAUUUAUUUCAAGAAAAGAAAAAGAAGACAAAAAUGUCAAAUUCUUACAGCGAUUCGAUACCUCUUAACGCGUCGUCCCAAUCGGACAUUGACGAGAUCGAGAAUCUAAUCAACGCCAGCGUCCAAUCCGGCCCAGCCACAGUCCUCCCGGCACGCCCUCUAAGCCCGCCUCGGGCCUCCAUUCCCGUCUCCACUUCCCCCUUCAUCCAAUCCAAUAUCCCUCCUCCGCCUCCGCUCUCCUCAUCAUCGUCCAAUCAGAAGGUGCCGUAUGUCCCUGACGCUCCUACUCCUCCUCCACCCGUUGGUAACUCUAGCAGCAUCUUGGCGACCGGAUUCGGUCCCACGCCCAACACCCUAACGGAGCCUGUUUGGGAUACCGUUAAAAGAGAUCUGUCGAGGAUCGUAAGUAACUUGAAGCUGGUGGUGUUUCCGAAUCCCUUCAGAGAAGAUCCAGGGAAGGCGCUGAGAGAUUGGGAUCUGUGGGGUCCUUUCUUCUUCGUUGUCUUCUUGGGACUCAUGCUUUCUUGGUCCGCCUCCGUUAAGAAGUCUGAGGUAUUUGCUGUUGCAUUUGCACUGCUUGCAGCUGGUGCUGUAAUUUUGACGUUGAAUGUACUACUACUGGGUGGGCACAUAAUUUUUUUCCAGAGUCUGAGUCUUCUAGGUUAUUGUUUAUUUCCUUUGGAUAUCGGAGCCCUAAUCUGUAUGUUGAAGGACAACGUCUUAGUCAAAUUGAUUGUGGUCUGUGUAACAUUGGCGUGGAGUUUAUGGGCUGCCUAUCCUUUCAUUAGUUCAGCUGUCAAUCUGAGGAGAAAAGCGCUUGCGCUCUACCCUGUUUUUCUUAUGUACGUAUCCGUUGGUUUUCUCAUCAUUGCUAUUGAUUGAAUUUCCUUCCCUUUAGGGGUUCCAAAAGAGUUAUCCAAACUUAUAUAGAGUUACAUGUAUAGGAAUGUCAUGUGGUUACUGUAUUUUUUGACCGGACAAUAUCUUUCAAGGCUCAUUAGGCAAAUAUGAUAUACUAACUUCAUCAGAUCCUUUUGUGUUCUACUUCUUACUUUCUCCAUGACUUUUGGUAGCAAUGAUUUAAGCGCUCAGGCUGCAAAAAGGCUUAUUAGGUAUUGAGCUUUCUUUUCUUCUCUCUUUUUAUUUGGGGAAGGAAAUUUGAGCUAGAUUUGAUAAUUAAUGUAUUCG